CAGUUUACGGAAAUCCGGUUUGGCUUAGUUGGCUAGGGAGCGAUCUGGUUUCAGGCUACUUUAGCUUGUCGGUACGUUACAAAAUGGACAAGUAAUCACGUAGUGUAGUUGUUUAAAGGAAAGUGGACAGUGAUUUUUAUUGUUUUAAAUCCUGUAACACUCGUUAAACAUGGAGUCAACCGGCGGUGCUGCUAAAAUUAAACCCGGAGCAGGAGGAGAAACUCUGGAGAACCAGGACAUGAGUUUCCUUCAAGCAACUGUUGCUGCUUUCCUUUCUCAGUACGGAUGGUUCCUGUUGGUCCUGUGUGUGGGGGUUUACUUCCUCAUCCAGCAUCUCAGUAAGAAAAGACCCAACCAGAAUCAGAGCUCAGCUUCAGCAGUCAGUCAAGACCCGUUGUCCGUGGUAAGACGUCAAGAGGCUCUGGAGGCGUCACGGCAAAGAAUGCAAGCAGAGCUGGACACCAAAGCUGCGGAGUUUAAAGAGAAACAGCAGAGACUGGAGGAGGAGAAAAGACGACAGAAAAUUGAGAUGUGGGAGAGCAUGAAAGAAGGGAAGAGUUAUAAAGGAAACGCCCGGCUUGCUCAAAACAGUGACGAGGCGUCCAGUUCCACCACAGUGCUGAAGCCAAAGACGGACAAAAAGCCUCUUCGGAGCAGCGGGUAUAAUCCAUUAAGUGGUGAUGGAGGAGGCACCUGUUCAUGGAGACCUGGCAGACGAGGGCCCUCAUCUGGCGGAUGAGGUUAAAGGAGGUCAGAGGGAUAUGGCCCAAGUCACCUCUGACCCUUCAGCCAUAAGAGCGCACAGAGCAACUGAAAUGAAACUGUCUGCACUCAUCAUGGUUCAGUAGCAGUGAUUUGUAAUAUGAAUCUUUUGCUUUUUUUUUUUAAGUUAGAUUCUGUUCAAUCCUCAAAUUUUUUUUUUCUUCUCUCAUCAGCCUAUGGAUUAGUUUUCUCUCAGACAUUCCAAAUGUUUUAAAAUCUUAGUUACAUCAAAGAGGAUUUAUAAAGUAGGAUAAAGUUUUCUUGUGCAAGCUGGAGAAAUUACUCUUUAUUAUUUGCGCAUGAUCAUGUUUUAAACGUAAGUUUGUCUGGCUUGCAGUAAUCAUAUUUUUGAAUACAUGCAUUGUAGGAUCUGAACUUUUAUCCAUGUGAGACUGACCAUUUCUAAUGACGCCUCCUCAUCAAAGGUACUCAGUCCAGUGGGGUUGGCUGAUUACUUUCAGUUGCGAGUGUGUGAUCUCAAAACAUUGCUAUACAGAACAGCAUUUUAAAGGUUUGGACGUUAGAUUGAACAUGUAUUUUUCAUUCUCUUAAAUUCAUUCGUAUUUGUAAUUAAUCAGGAUGUAGAUUGGCUUUCGUUGGCCACUGCGUAAUCCCAUGGGUCAUAUUUCAUAGUAAUAACAUCUGCAUUAAUCUAGUUUAGGAGCGAGGAGUAGAAAUUGAAGAAAACCCUUCUAUUAGCAGGGGUGUCCAAACUUUUGCCUGGUACAAUAUUUCCAGCAGCUAAAAUAUAUUUCUUUGACCCUGUGAACAGUACUGUGUCGAGGACUCAUGACCUCAGAAGGAAUAAAUCUUGUGAAUACAACGUUUGUUAGACAAUCAUGAAAUGACUUUGCUGUACUUGUCAACUUUUCAUGAUUAAAAGGCUUUACUUCUCA